GAAGACAGCCUACCCACAUGCACGCGUUGGCCGGGCACGGAGCACGGUCCUGUCCGCCGCUAUAAAUUCUUGGUAGCCGAUUCCGUCCAGCAACAACACAGCCGCGAUCAAGCUAGAGCUAGCUUCUCCUGAUUAGCCAAAGAGGCGAGUUUGACACAGCUGAAGCUUCUGGUGAUCAUGGCGUCGAGGGCUCUGAUGAUGGCGCUGCUGCUCGCGGCGGUGGCCGUGGGGUGCGCCCGGGCGCAGCUGCAGGAGAAGUUCUACAGCGAGACUUGCCCCAGCGUGGAGGAAGUCGUCAGGAAGGAGAUGGUGAGGGCUCUCUCCGUGGCGCCCAGCCUCGCCGGGCCUUUGCUCAGGAUGCAUUUCCAUGACUGCUUCGUCAGGGGUUGCGACGGGUCGGUUCUGCUGGACUCGGCGAACAAGACGGCGGAGAAGGACGCGUUGCCCAACCAGACGCUGCGCGGGUUCGGCUUCGUCGAGCGGGUGAAGGCCGCCGUGGAGAAGGCCUGCCCCGACACCGUCUCCUGCGCCGACGUGCUCGCCCUCAUGGCCAGGGACGCGGUCUGGCUGAGCAAGGGGCCAUUCUGGGAAGUUCCUCUGGGCCGGAGAGACGGCAGCGUGUCCAUCUCCAACGAGACCGACCAGCUGCCACCCCCGACCGCCAACUUCACCGUGCUGACCCAGCUCUUCGCCGCCAAGAACCUCGACAUCAAGGACCUCGUGGUCCUCUCCGCCGGGCACACCAUCGGGACAUCCCAUUGCUUCUCCUUCUCCGACCGCCUCUUCAACUUCACCGGCAGGGUCAACCCGCAAGACGUCGACCCGACGCUGGACUCGGAGUACAUGGCCAAGCUCAAGGGCAAGUGCGCCAGCCUCAACGACAACACGACGCUGGUGGAGAUGGACCCCGGGAGCUUCAAGACCUUCGACCUGGACUACUUCACCAUCGUGGCCAAGCGGAGGGGGCUCUUCCACUCCGACGGCGCCCUGCUCACCAACGCCUUCACCCGCGCCUACGUGCAGCGCCAUGCUGGCGGCGCCUUCAAGGAGGAGUUCUUCGCCGACUUCGCCGCCUCCAUGAUCAAGAUGGGCAACGCCGACGUGCUCACCGGCAGCCAGGGCGAGAUCAGGAAGAAGUGCUCCGUGCCUAAUCAGUAACUGAGGUAGAAAAGGGCCCGUUCACAGUAUGAUCGACUACGGGUUUGACGAUGAUUUUUCUGUUUGUGACCAUCUUUUUCCGUGUAGAUUAUGUCCUUUCUCCCCGCCGAUUUUCUGUUUAUUAAUUGAUUAUUUUGUUACAUCCGUGCAUGUAAAGUUUGCUACAACAACUCACGAUCAUAAUAAACUUUGUUUUUUCAUGUUGCGAA